AUCGCACUAUCACAGACGUACCCCUCAACUUCAUCUGAUCGUUCUCUUUUCACCUCCUCGUAGAGCUCCCACGACCCGUCUCGUCUUUCCCAACUUCGACGUACUAGCUUGUUGGUAAAGUAUAAGUACGGCAUCUUAGUCGACAGCCUCUCAAGUCUCAACUAUCCAUCCUCGAUCAGUAAUCGACUAGUUCAUUGCCAAUCGCGCCCUCUGUACGACAAAGACACCCAUCCUCGACAACGUCCCGCCGUUCCCGUCCUCCUAGCUCCUUUAGAGCCCGCCCCGCUGUCACGAAAGCUUCCUCCGAUAUCAGUCAUCACCAUGGUUGGUUUGGGUCCUAAGGCACCGCCCAGCCGCAAGGGCUCCAUGACCGAGUUGUCGCAGGAUCUCCUCGAGCAGGCCAAGGAACUUGAGCGCCAGCUCACUGUUCCGGCCUCCAAGCUCAAGGAGAUCACUAACCACUUCGUCUCUGAACUCGAAAAGGGUCUCAGUGUCGAGGGCGGCAGCAUUCCGAUGAACCCGACCUGGGUCAUGUCCUUCCCGGAUGGCCACGAAACCGGUACCUUUCUCGCCCUUGACAUGGGAGGCACCAACCUCCGUGUCUGCGAGAUCACUCUGACCGACCAAAAGUCCGAGUUCGACAUUAUCCAGUCCAAGUACCGCAUGCCCGAGGAGCUCAAGACCGGCGUCUCCGAGGAGCUCUGGGAUUACAUUGCCGACUGCCUUCUGCAGUUCGUCGAGACCCACCACCCCAACCUGCCCAAGGGCGAGAAGCUUCCUCUGGGCUUCACCUUUUCCUACCCCGCUACCCAGAACUACAUCGACGAGGGCAUCCUCCAGCGAUGGACCAAGGGUUUCGACAUUGCCGGUGUUGAGGGCAAGAAUGUCGUUCCUCUGCUCAAAGCUUCGCUGGCGGCUAAGAACGUGCCCAUCCGGCUGACGGCCUUGAUCAACGACACUACGGGUACCUUGAUCGCGUCGGCCUACACGGACCCCAAGAUGAGGAUCGGGUGUAUCUUCGGCACGGGCUGCAACGCCGCCUACAUGGAGAACUGCGGUUCCAUCCCCAAGCUCGCCCACAUGAACUUGCCCCCCGACGCCCUCAUGGCCAUCAACUGCGAAUGGGGCGCCUUCGACAACGAGCACAUCGUCCUCCCACGUACGCCUUACGACAUCAUCAUCGACCGCGACUCGCCCCGCCCGGGUCAGCAGGCCUUUGAGAAGAUGAUCGCCGGUCUCUACCUGGGCGAGAUCUUCCGCCUUAUCCUGGAGGAUAUGCACGAUAACAAGCCCAUCAAGAUGUUCAAGGGUCAGGAUAUCUCUGCUCUCCGCAAGGCCUAUUCUCUGGAUUCGUCCUUUUUGUCCGCCAUUGAGGAGGACCCCUUCGAGAACUUGCAGGAGACCUACGAUCUCUUUGUCAGCAAGCUGAACAUCGCCCCCUCUCGCGCGGAGCUCGAGUUUGUCCGUCGUCUUGCCGAGCUCAUUGGCACCCGCGCGGCACGACUCUCCGCCUGCGGCAUCUCCGCCAUCUGCAAGAAGAAGGGCUACGACACGUGCCACGUCGGCGCCGAUGGCUCCGUCUUCAACAAGUACCCCCACUUCAAGGCUAGGGGCGCGCAGGCGCUGCGCGAGAUCCUCGACUGGCCCGAGAAGAAGGACCCCACCGAGGAGGACCCCAUUGAGGUGCUGGCUGCCGAGGACGGCAGUGGUGUCGGCGCCGCGCUCAUCGCCGCCCUGACGAUCAAGCGUGUCCACCAAGGCAACCUCGCCGGCGUGUUGCACCCGGAGAACUUUCGAUAAGCGACAGUUAUUUUUCGUGAAGGAUGCAUGAAAAAUGAAGGCGCAUAAGGGAAGGAGAUACCCAUCACCGCACGGCGACUCGGGCUAGAGGGAAAGCAAAGCGGGCAGAAAGAUGAACGGAGUAAUAAGAGAGAAAAAAACAAAAAAAGACAUGAAAAUCAGGAGGAAUACGUCAUGAGGAUAAUUCACGAGCUAUGCCGACUAGGUGCUGAUGAUCCCCAUGACACAUAUAGUUGAGAAAUCGACUUUUCUUAUUUGCCUCAGCAGAUA